AGGACCGGUUUGUUCCGGGUCACUGCUCCCGUGGUUCCUCCUUGGUAAGAUGUCGGCUGCUAUCGCCGCGCUCGCGUCCUACGGUGUCUCCGACUCUGGCUCCGACUCGGGCUCGGACACUGAGGGAAGCUCCCGCCGCUCGGCGCUGGAAGCCAGCCGGGACGCGGUGCUGCAUCUCGCUUCACCGCCCCCUGUCCCGCAGGCCUUGGCGGUGGACUCGGCCCCGGAGGUGGCUGUGAAGGAAGAUGUAGAGACGGGAGUCCACCUUGAUCCUGCAGUCAAGGAAGUUCAGUACAAUCCCACUUACGACACCAUGUUUGCACCAGAGUUUGGUCCAGAAAACCCGUUUAGGACUCAGCAGAUGGCUGCACCUAGGAAUAUGCUUUCUGGAUAUGCAGAACCAACACACAUCAAUGAUUUCAUGUUUGAACAACAAAGAAGAACGUUUGCAACUUAUGGUUAUGCAUUAGAUCCCUCUCUAGAUACUCAGGACGUUGCUACUAAAUACAUUGGUUCUGUAGAAGAAGCUGAAAAAAAUCAAGGUUUAACAGUAUUUGAAACAGGACAAAAGAAAAUAGAAAAAAGGAAGAAAUUCAAAGAGAAUGAUGCAUCUAAUAUUGAUGGCUUCCUGGGACCAUGGGCAAAAUAUGUGGAUGAGAAAGAAGUAGCGAAGCCCUCAGAAGAAGAGCAGAAAGAGUUGGAUGAAAUAACAGCAAAGAGGCAGAAGAAAGGCAAACACGAAGAUGAUAAACCUGGAGAGGAGAAGACUAUCUUACAUGUUAAAGAAAUGUAUGACUACCAGGGAAGAUCCUAUCUUCAUGUUCCUCAAGAUGUUGGCGUUAAUCUCCGUUCUACAGUGCCCCCUGAGAAAUGCUAUCUCCCAAAGAAACAGCUCCAUGUAUGGUCUGGACAUACAAAGGGUGUCAGUGCAGUCAGGUUGUUUCCACUCUCUGGCCACAUUUUGCUAUCUUGCUCCAUGGACUGUAAAAUUAAACUUUGGGAGGUAUACGGUGAACGACGAUGCUUACGAACAUUUAUUGGGCACAGUAAAGCAGUUCGAGACAUCUGCUUUAACAAUGUUGGAACUCAGUUUCUUAGUGCAGCAUAUGACCGGUAUCUUAAACUCUGGGACACUGAAACAGGGCAAUGUGUUUCCAGGUUCACAAACAGGAAGGUUCCAUACUGUGUCAAAUUCAAUCCUGAUGAAGAUAAACAAAGUCUUUUUGUGGCAGGAAUGUCAGAUAAAAAAAUUGUACAGUGGGACAUUCGAAGUGGGGAGAUUGUGCAGGAGUACGAUAGGCAUUUGGGAGCUGUCAACACCAUUGUGUUUGUGGAUGAGAAUAGACGGUUUGUGAGUACAUCUGAUGACAAGAGUUUAAGAGUCUGGGAAUGGGACAUUCCUGUUGAUUUCAAGUAUAUCGCAGAGCCAAGUAUGCACUCGAUGCCUGCAGUCACCUUGUCUCCAAACGGAAAAUGGCUGGCUUGUCAAUCAAUGGAUAAUCAGAUCUUGAUUUUUGGAGCUCAGAACAGAUUCAGAUUAAACAAAAAGAAAAUCUUCAAAGGUCACAUGGUGGCAGGUUAUGCUUGUCAAGUUGAUUUUUCACCUGACAUGAGCUAUGUGAUAUCAGGUGAUGCAGAUGGAAAACUUAACAUCUGGGACUGGAAGACCACAAAACUCUACAGUAGGUUAAAAGCACAUGACAAAGUUUGUAUAGGCGCAGUCUGGCAUCCACAUGAAACAUCCAAGGUCAUCACCUGUGGCUGGGAUGGUCUUAUUAAAUUGUGGGACUGAAGGGGGUACUGCAAAGAACUAAAUUUUGAUAAGACUUCUUGUGAACAUCUGAGAUUGCUAAACAUGAACUCUGCUGAGGAUGUUUUGAUUUGAACUUCCAGCUGUUUUUGGGUUCUUCACUAUUAAAGUACACUAUGCACUCUUGGAAAUGGGAAAUCUCCCAGGCAGAAGACUCAGCUGAAAGGCUACUCUUCUAAGUAUGACUUCAGGGUCUGUGAGAAGCUGAGAACAGUCAUGUGAAGUGGCCAGAAAUAAAUAUUAAUUUGAUAAGUUAUUUUCUGUUUGAUCCACUUUUUCAGAUUAAAACUAUAUUUUCUAGUUUGUGAUUCUGGAUGUCACACAGUAUAUGGUGUAGAAGUAGAAAACCAGCAGUUUUGUUGUGUUCUGUAACUGCACAGCUCAGAGAUUAAAGAGACUUUUCUUCUACUGCAGUAGAUCUUGAAGAUGCACCCAUUAAUAGACUUUAUGGCAGUAUUCUGUGGCACCCAAGUUUCUUCGAUUUACACAACCAGUAACUAAAAUUUAUUGAUCCAUAACAGAAACAGAGCUGAUCAAAGGCUUUACAUACAUACCUAGUGAACAAACUGAGUAUACCCUGCAGACUGUGUUCCCUAGACCCUCCCUCUGUGUUCUUAUAUUGGUAUCUUGACUUAAACAUUUACAUGAUACUGGUCAUGGAGGUUCCUCUACGUAACCAUCUUUAUUUGAAAGUUUUCUGUAUAAUAAAAAAUAUCCCCCCAAAACCCCGAGGUAAAUUCCAUAUUCUGUUAAUUAUCAUGCUUUUCGGGGCCAUAUUUCGAAGAAAACCACAUUCCCUGUCCCUUAAUCAUAUUCUUUGUGCAGGGUGCACUUUAGUAUUCACUGUUCCUAUAUUAUAUGCACCAUAUUGUUUCCAUGCUAAGCUACUGCAUAUACAUGUCACAGUUUCUCUUUUUUUUUUUAAGAACUUAUUUUUAAUAAAUCUUUUGUACAAAGGU